AUGGAGCCCUCAGAGGAAAGUUUUGGUAGGUUGCUCGCCACUGAUCCUAGAAAUCCAAGAGCAGGCAACCUUCAACAGUAUGUCCAGUUUUCACCAAGUUAUCAAGGUUUUCAACCACUACCCAACUUUGGCUUCCCAGGUGGAAUGUUUGUAGGUGCUGCUGGUGGUGCAUCUUCACAUGACUCCGAUUCAUCAACCCCGCAAACACAAAUAAGAGAGCUGGAGCAAGAUGAAGAAAAGGAAGAUUCAAACGCCAGCAGCCCGGAUGAAGGAAGGAGGGCUAUGAGAAUUAAUUACACUGAGGACGAUAACCUAUGCCUUAUCAGAGCAGAGGCCUACUGGAACAAGAUAGCAGAAUCGUUCAAUUCGGGCCUGGCUAAAGGUGCAAGAAGGUCAAAGGGACAGCUCAAAAACCAUUGGGGAAGAAUUAAUGUAGCUGUUACCAAGUUUAAUGGGGUCUAUGGUCGAAUGACCUAUUGUAGUGGGGAAUCUGAUGACAUGCUGAUGGACAAAGCACGUGUUGCAUUCAAAAGAGAAAACAAGAAAAAACCAUUUACACUUGAAUAUGUCUGGAAGAUUCUGAGGAAGGAACCAAAAUGGUAUAGAAGUAUACCUGGUAUGGAUUGUUCAGAGAAGAACAAAAGGACAAAAGUAGAUGAUUCUGGAGCAUACACUUCAUCUAACGAAGGGGAGACAUUCAAAGAAGUGUUGCCCGAGGGGCAGAAGAAAGCAAAAGCUAGGAUGAGAGAAAAAGGAAAGGGAAAGGCCAUACCACAAUCUCCCCUAGGCUCGCAGCCAGAUGAAGACAUGGUUUUAUUUCACGAUGCUAUGUUGAAGAGAGCAAGUGCACUAGAGAAAACAGUAAAAACAUCAAAGGAGCAGGUUAGAAUAGACAAGAUAAAAAACUACAUGCAACAGUUGGAUAAGGAUACUUCGAACAUGAGUCCAGCAAUACUGAAGCUGCAUGAACAACUCUUACAAGGUCUAGCCAAGGAACUAUUUCCAUCUUCAGACAACUAA